AUGUCUGUCGCUAGAACUGCUGGUCUUGCUCUCGCCUCCGCGGCCAUGGUCGCUGGUCACGGUUACGUCUCUGGUAUCGUCGCCGACGGCACCUACUACGGAGGUUACCUCGUCAACCAGUACCCCUACAGCUCCGACCCCCCUGCCGUUGUUGGAUGGACUGAGGAUGCUACCGACCUGGGUUUCGUCGAUGGCUCCAGCUACACCUCCGGCGACAUCAUCUGCCACAAGGACGCCACCAACGCCCAGGCCUCUGCUACCGUCGCUGCUGGUGGCACUGUUGAGCUCCAGUGGACUGACUGGCCCGAGUCCCACCACGGUCCCGUCAUCGACUACAUCGCCAACUGCGGCGGUGACUGCACGACUGUCGACAAGACCACCCUCGAGUGGGUCAAGAUUGGUGAGAGCGGUCUCAUCGACGACUCCAACGUCCCCGGUACCUGGGCCUCCGACAACCUGAUCUCCAACAACAACAGCUGGACCGUCACCAUCCCCAGCUCCCUCGCCGCCGGUGGCUACGUCCUCCGCCACGAGAUCAUCGCCCUCCACUCCGCCGGCAGCGAGAACGGCGCCCAGAACUACCCCCAGUGUGUCAACCUCGACGUCACCGGCGGCGGCAGCGCCUCCCCCUCCGGUACCCUCGGUACUGAGCUCUACACCCCCACCGACGCUGGUAUCCUCGUCAACAUCUACCAGACCCUCGACUCCUACGAGAUCCCCGGUCCCGCCCUCUGGGACGGUGCCUCCUCCGGCAGCGGCAACAGCGGCAGCGGUGCCUCCUCCAGCGCCGCCGCCACCUCCACCCCUACCUCUUCCGUAAGCGUCCCAGUCAUCCCCACCACCACCCUGGUCGGCUCGUCCACCCCUCUCGUGCCCGCCCCCAGCUCGAGCGUGCCUGCCCAGGUCUCCGCCCCCGCCGACACCCAGGCCCCUCAGCCCACCUUCACCUCCACCUACAUUGAGACUGAGACAAUCCCUGGUCAGACCGUUACCUCCACCGCGACCGAGUACGCCUCCGAGCCUACUGCCCCCGCCGUCGAGACCCAGGUUGCUCAGCCCUCUGAGACCGAGGCCGCCUCUUCCACCGUCACCGAGACUGCCACCGCCACUGCCACCGCUACCGAGACUGCCUCUGCCACUGCCACCCCCGUUACCGGCUCUGGCUCUGGCUCUACCGAGCUCCCCACCGACAGCUCCAGCCUCUCCGAGUACUUCAACUCCCUGAGCGCGGAGGAGUUCCUCAGCCUUCUGAAGGAGACCCUUAAGUGGUUGGUCACCGACAAGGUCCACGCUCGUUCCCUCCACUAG